GGACUGCAGCGUUUUUUUCUGCUGUGUUAAUCUAACGGAAAGGUGGAUCACUGGUCCAAACGCGUCUCCUGCGCAUUAUUUCCUUGGAUGUAAAAUGAACAUGCAACAUAUUUGUGGACUUAACGACGCAAAACCUUCUUUCAGUCCUUGAUACUUCUUUUUUUCUUUUUUUAAUUAAUUUUUUUUAAGAUACGGACCUCAACUGAUCUUGCUGGGACAAACUUUUGGAGCUAUUCAUAUAAUCAAACGGAUCAUUUCUGGAAGCGCUCCAGCUAAGUAUAACUUUCAAGAUGGAUGGACAGUGUUACUACAAUGAAAGCAUUGCCUUCUUUUACAACGAAAGUGGGAAGUACCUGGCCAAGGAGUGGAAUACAGUCAGCAAACUGGUGAUGGGACUUGGGCUUACCGUAUGCAUCUUUAUCAUGCUUGCUAACCUCCUGGUGAUGGUGGCCAUUUACAUCAACCGCAGAUUUCAUUUUCCCAUCUAUUAUCUCAUGGCUAACCUAGCAGCAGCAGACUUUUUUGCCGGACUUGCUUAUUUUUAUUUGAUGUUCAACACUGGGCCCAACACACGCCGGCUAACUGUCAGUACAUGGUUACUACGCCAGGGUCUGAUCGACACAAGCCUGACGGCCUCUGUAGCCAACUUGCUAGCCAUCGCCAUCGAGCGCCACAUAACAGUCUUCCGCAUGCAACUUCAUACCCGCAUGAGCAACCGACGUGUGGUCGUCGUUAUCGUAAUCAUCUGGACUAUGUCGAUUGUCAUGGGUGCCAUCCCAAGUGUGGGCUGGAACUGUAUCUGUGCUAUCAAAACCUGCUCCAAUAUGGCGCCACUCUACAGUAAUUCGUACCUUGUCUUCUGGGCUAUCUUCAACCUGGUGACCUUUGUGGUCAUGGUAGUGCUUUAUGCCCACAUAUUCAUGUAUGUCCGCCAGCGCACCAUGAGAAUGUCACGCCACAGCUCAGGUCAGAGGCGCAACAGGGACACCAUGAUGAGCUUGCUGAAGACAGUAGUGAUUGUCCUUGGUGCUUUUAUCGUGUGCUGGACGCCUGGUUUAGUUCUCCUGCUGCUUGACGUUUUCUGUGAAGAAUGCAAUGUGCUGACUUUCGAGAAGUUCUUCCUCCUCUUAGCUGAGUUUAACUCAGCCAUGAACCCAAUCAUCUACUCCUACCGGGACAAGGAGAUGAGCAUUACAUUCAAGCAGAUCUUGUGCUGCCAGAGGCAGGAGAACAUAAACGGCACAGUGGAAGGUUCAGAUCGCUCAGCAUCCUCCCUCAACCACACAGUCCUGUCUCCACACAAUAAUGACCACUCGGUGGUCUGAACACAGCAGAAGAACGCAGCUGGCACUAUCGGGAUCCCAGGACUGGAACCCAGGACUGAAAAAAGCUCUUUGCCCAGUGGCAGAGCUACACAGGAGGCAUUUGCAUUACCAAAAAAAAAAAACUAUUUUUUUUUACAUGUUCUAAUUUCGGUGACAAUAUAUUUAGUAUUUAAUGACAGAAUUACAUUGCAAGGGUUUGGGGCAGAAUAAUGAUUUCCAAAACUGGUAAUUGUUAGGUCAACUUUCCAUGAAUUUAGAUUUUUAUACUACCCAGUAAGUUAUGGGUUGUUCUCAGUAUUAAUAAAAAUCCUAUUAACAUUUUCGCUUAGGCUUUUGCACUAUAGAGGUAAGCAGUGCACUUCUGAGACCACUGAUUAAUGGCACAAUUCUGUUGCCAGCUAAUCUGAAGAAGAUGUGUAUCUCAUUUGGUCCGUGGCAUCACCGACUUUUCACUACAUUUACAGAGUAAAAGGAUAUAUACUAAGGACAUCUAGAAAAGAAAGAAACAAUGGUAGUAAAAGCUUUAACAUGGGAGCUGAGCAGAAUUCCUUAAAUAACUUGAACCAUCUAAAGCUUAAGUGGCAUGAUGGAUUGUUCUUAGAUUUUCCACCAUAACAGUAUCAGACAGUGCUCAUGUUUCAUUUGAGCAUCAUGUCAGUAUCUUCUAGUUCAGAAUUGGGUAGCUCUUUAUGUUUUUUUUAUUAUUUUGUUCUGUUUUGUUUUGUUUUUUAAAUCAACGACCACUUACAUGUAUGAGCCAUUUCUUUUCAGGGAAUCAAUUUCAUGGACUGUCACCACAUUAUAAAGUCACAAAUGCCUUUUUUUUUUAUUUGGGAUUUCUUGUUUCUUUUAAGGACUUUCAGGUUUCAAAGAUAAAUGGCUAUCACGUGGCUACACACACACACACACACACACACACACAAACACAUGCACAAACACACUCAAACUGGUCUUAGUAUAAACUGUCAAUGAGAAGUGGACUAGAUCAGAUUUCCUGAAAACCCUGUUUAUGGUGUGAUAUUGUUCAUGUCCAGGAGCCAGGGCCUAAUUUAUUUUUUCUUGUGCCACAGUCAUAAGUACCAUGAAAUGUAUCUUAUGACAUGACAUAAGAGAAAUUAAAUGAUCAGUGUAUGUUGGUCUGUAUGUACAGUAUGUAUAUAAUAUAUGUAUAUAUUCAAUGUUAGUCAAAAAGGGAAUCUUUAUUUUUAAGGAUUAAGUGACCUUUUUCUCUGUUUUUGCUCUCAGUUGUAUCCUGCUUUAACACUUAAAUUAUUUUUUAAAUGUUUAACUUGGAGGUAAACAUAUUUACUAUUUUGCAUUAAUGAAUUUUAGGUGACCUGUUUAGCAGUGGAUGGAAACUGCAAAUGGUUUCAAAUACAGUGGAUACUAACGUUGCUAAUAAAUAUUACAGGAAAACGUCAUACAAUGCAAAGUCCUACUAGUUUUUACAGAUAUAAUAGGUUAUUUAUCUUGGAUAUGCCAUUUCCAUGCCCUUUACCUGGAAUAUAGCCUAGGAAAAAAACCCUUUUGCAUCUAAUUGGGUGAUAUUGCUGUUUGCCCUAAACCUCAGUCAUGGACUCCGUCUUUAUGAUUUAUGUAAAAACAAACAGUUUCCAUAAUGUUUAUUUCAUAUGAUUUUAAUCUCACCCAAAAUACUUCUUUCUCCAAUGCUCAAGCCUAAAUUCUGUAUGGUAUGAGUGACAACCUGCCAGUUUUCUUAAAAUAAACUUGUAUGAUAUCACAUUUUAUUUCUAUAA